GCACAAAUGGCUCAGAGCGCAGUGGACCCCGCAGUGGACCCGACGGCUCUGACCUGCUCCUUGUGUUUGGAGGAACUGAAAGAGCCGGUCCCGCUUCCCUGUGGACACAACUACUGCGGCAGCUGCGUACGCAAACACCAGGGCAAGGCGAGGAAGAGGUUCUGCUGCACUGACGGACAGCUCCUAUGUGUAAUCUGCUGCAUGGACCGACACAAGGCUCAUCACACCUCUGCCCCAGAGAGGGCCCACAGUCAGGCAGGGCUGUCGGCCAGGAGGGUCCUGCUCCUCCAGAGCCUCCAGCACAAAGAGACAGACCUCCAGAGGCUCCAAAAGGAGGCCCAGGACAUCAGCCGCUCUGCGCAGAGAGCGCUGCAGCACAGCGGGGACAGCUUCAGAGACCUGGCCCUUCUCCUGGAGCAAAGACGCUCUGAAGUGGAGAACUGGAUCCGCUCCCAGGAGCAGAUCCAACUGAGCCGACUCCAACGGCUCCAGAACCAACUGCAGGAGGACGUGACUGAGAUGAAGAGGAGCCUCUCUGAGCUGGACGCUCUGGCCCUCACCCAGGACCGUGACCAGUGCCGCCCCCCUCUGGCCACAGACACACAGCACACGGAGUCCAGGAUCCAGACUGGACCAAGGAGGGACUUUGAGGACGUGUCCAGAGCUGUGUCUGCGCUCAGGGACAAACUGCAGCUCAUUCUGGGGAAGGUCAUAGUUGAAGACCCUGAGCCCAGCUCCAGAGAAGACUUCCUCAGAUACGCACGCGACAUCACUCUGGAUCCGGACACCGCAGACCCACACGUGUCUCUGUCUGAUGGAAACACAAGAGCUACGUUUGUGUUUGAAAAGCAGCGUUCUCCAGAUCAUCCGGACAGAUUCAGCGUGUACCAGGUCCUGAGCCGAGAGGCGCUGACAGGCCGCUGUUACUGGGAGCUGGAGUGGGACGGGAUGGUUCUAAUAGCAGCUGCUUACGGAAACACUGAGAGAGACUGUGAGUUUGGAGAUAAUGGGAAAUCCUGGGCCUUGGACUGUCAGAGCAAAAGUUACUCAUUUUGGAGCAACAAAGUCCGGUCUGAGAUCUCAGGUCCGGUCCGGUCCAGAAGAAUCGGGGUUUAUCUGGACCACAGUGCAGGGGCACUGUCCUUUUACAGUGUUCAGGAUGAAACCAUGAGACUGCUCCACAGGGUCCAGACCCGCUUCACUCAGGCUCUACACGCUGGGGUCCUUGUCGGGUUUGUAUCUACGGCACGUUUCCUUAAACUGAAAUAACCUCAUCAACGGUCACGGCCAGACGCCAUUUUGAUCCUGGUCUGUUCUGGACUUAAACUGGACUUGGGACAGGACUCAGGACAUAAAAACAGCAUCAGAACCAGAGUGAGAAACACCAGAGGAAGUCCAAAGAGGAGCUGUUAUUUUAAAAUGUAGACUCACCACUAACUCUGCAGGUGAAAUACUGCCCAGGGCUUUUGGUGCUGGGCUAAAUGUACAAAUAUGUUUCAUGAUGAGGAAUAUAACUCUGAUAAAAGUCUUUUUCUGUUUAAUCAGUGUGAUCCAAAUGGAAGAGUUCAAAAACAGAUAUGUUUGUAAAAAGUGUUUUUCUUUUGACCCCAUCUUCUACAGAUUUGAGCCGUAACAAUAAUGUAAAGUGGACAUUUUGAAGAAGGGAUGGGCUUAUGUUUUAGAGCAGUAAAAUACUUGUGUCUUGUGUAAAUAUCCCUGUACUAAGAGUAAACAAGCGUCCGACGACUUUUUUAAAUGGAAAUGAUCGGUUUUUACAAAUGAACUCUUUGAUUCUAAAUGUAGCCAACUAUUUCUGUCAUUAAAAUAAACUCUAAAUGAGCUGUAUUGUUCUGAACAGCUGCAGAGUUUAUUUUUAUAUAUAAAUAUAUAUAAGCAGUUUAUGGUUCAGAGGGAGACA